AGAAAGGUAGAUGAGGUUUAAUGUGAAGUAGGUGAAUGAUUUGUUUAGAGGAGAUGUGUCAUCGACCCUUGAAAUAUUAUUUAUAUGCAUCCCCAUACAUUUGUAGUAAUUAAUUGGGUAUUUAUUUGCCAAUCACAUCAUGUCUUUCUAUUCAAUUCGUCGACUUGUUGAAUCAAUACUACACACUGUACUGCCUCUGCCUGUGGGGUAAAUAAAAAAGGACAUCAAUUCAAUUCAAUUCUUAAAACAACAAAAUAUGCAGAAAAUCCAAAACGAGAACCAACACUACUUCAAGCCCGAGAACCCAUGGUUUCUCGGUCUCCUGCUCGGGGGUUUGCUCGGCGGUGCGCUGCUAUUUGCUUUCUUCUUAACUACUAACCGCCCUUCACCGCUCUUCUGCGGCGGCGCCAGUAAAGCCGCCGCCGCCACGACGACGCCUCAGCAGCUGGAAGCCAUUGUCCACUACGCGACGCUGCGCACUGUGCCACAGCAGUCCAUCGGCGAGAUAACUGUAACAUUCGAUGUUCUGAAAUCCGUGGGGGGAGGAGCGUGUAAUUUCCUGGUGUUCGGGCUGGGACACGAUUCCCUGAUGUGGAACGCACUCAAUCCACGUGGCACGACGCUAUUCCUUGAAGAGGAUCCCAAGUGGUUCAGUGCGGUGUUGAAAGGCGACGCCGCCCACGCCCUCCACGCCGAAACGGUGCCCUACAGAACUCAACUCUCCCAGGCGGACGAACUGCUCCUCCACUACCGGAAUGAACCAGACUGCUCUGCAACCAGAUCAUUCAUACGUGGCAACACUAAAUGCAGGUUAGCGCUUAACAUGCUGUCGGACAAGGUGUACGAUACAGAAUGGGACUUGAUAAUGAUAGACGCGCCGCGGGGGUACUUUGCGGAGGCGCCGGGGAGGAUGGCGGCGAUAUAUUCGGCGGCGGUGAUGGCGAGGAACAGGAAAAAAGAGGGGGUGACGCACGUGUUCUUGCACGACGUGGACCGGAGGGUGGAGAAAAUGUACGGGGAAAUGUUUCUGUGCAAGAAGCAUUUGGUUAAGGCGGUCGGGAGGCUUUGGCAUUUUCAGAUUCCGCCUCCACCCACUAACAUCACCACCACCACCACCACCACCACCCACUUCUGCUAGCUACCUAUGAUGGUGGUCUGUAAUUCCUUCUUUUGUUUUUAGUGAAAAGUGAAAAGUGAUGAAAACAACUUAAUCAUUUUAUUUAUUUUUUGUUUCGAA